AUGAGCGGUCACGGUGAACAAGCCAAGAGCGAUCGUUCCUCCGAGGAUACAUACUACAACCUCGGGUCAUACCAUCGACCCGUGAGCACUACAAACCACAAGGCUCAAACUUGGUUUGACCGCGGACUGAUCUGGACAUAUGCAUUCAACCAUGAAGAGGCAGUAAAUUGUUUCAAACAGGCUAUCGCGCAUGACCCAAAAUGUGCUAUGGCAUAUUGGGGCCUGGCGUACGCGUUGGGCCCAAACUACAAUAAGCCUUGGCAGUUCUUUGAUCAGCAGGAACUAGAGAUGACUGUCCAACGUACUCAUCGAGCAGUUGCCGACGCUGGAGUAGCUGCUGCCACGGCGACUCCCGUGGAGGCGGCGCUCGUUGGCGCCCUCCAGCAUCGAUAUCCGCAAGUGCAUCCGACGGCAGACUGCUCGUCAUGGAACCAAGGCUAUGCCAAUGCCAUGACCUCGGUUUAUCAGCUGUUUCCCGAUGACUUGGACGUUGCAACGCUGUAUGCUGAUGCAUUGAUGAACCUUACGCCAUGGGAGCUGUGGGAUUUGAAGACUGGACAGCCGGCCGCCAACGCCCGCACCAAUGAGAUCAAGACGGUUCUGGAUCGAGCAUUGGCACAAGACGGAGCUCUCCGCCAUCCGGGCCUUCUACACAUGUACAUCCAUUUGAUGGAGAUGUCGGGUACUCCCGAGACGGCGCUCACUGCCGCAGACUACCUGCGUGGAUUGGUACCUGAUGCCGGUCAUCUCAACCACAUGCCCACCCACUUGGACAUCCUGUGUGGUGACUAUCGACGGGCCAUCGCGUCCAACUCCGAAGCAAUUCGGGCAGAUGAACGGUUCCUGGCAAGGGCAGGGCCUGUGAAUUUCUACACCCUGUACAGAUCACACAACUACCAUUUUCGCAUCUAUGCCGCCAUGUUUGCCGGCCAGUCUAGGGUCGCACUGGAAACGGCGACAGAGUUGGAAUCGUCAAUUCCCGAAGAACUUCUUCGUGUCGAAUCCCCGCCGAUGGCCGACUGGCUCGAGGGUUUCUUAGCAAUGAAGGUGCAUGUGUUGAUCCGGUUCGGAAGGUGGCAAGACAUUCUUGACCUUCAACUCCCUCAUGACGCGGACCUUUAUUGCGUGACGACGGCGAUGAUAUACUAUGCCAAAGGCGUCGCACUGGCAGCGACAGGGAAAGUGGACGAGGCAGAUACGAUACGGAGCAUCUUCCGACAGGCGAAGAACCGGGUAGGAGAGAGUCGGAUGCUGUUCAACAAUCGUUGCGUGGAUAUACUAGCCGUUGCGGAUGCCAUGUUAGACGGGGAGCUGGAGUACCGUCGCGGGAACUUUGAUGCCGCUUAUGAGCAUCUGCGAAGGUCCAUUGCCUUGGACGAUGGACUGCCCUAUGACGAGCCUUGGGGGUGGAUGCAGCCGACGCGACAUGCGUAUGGCGCUCUACUCCUGGAGCAGGGACAUGUGGAACAAGCCGCCGCGGUAUAUGGAGCUGACCUAGGCAUGGACGAUACUCUUCCGCGCCCAUUGCAACACCCGAACAAUGUAUGGGCGUUGCAUGGCUACCAUGAGUGUUUGAGGAAGCUUGGGCGAACCGCCGAAGCACGCAUUGUGAAACAACAGUUAAAACUGGCGGCUGCGACGGCUGAUAUUCCGAUUCAAUCGUCAUGUUUUUGUCGCCGGAGCAUUGACACAGCGUAG